CAUUGAGUUGCUUUUUCAUUGUAAGAUUUUGUCGCACCAUUUGUCAUCGAGUUCUACGCAACACUCUUGUAACCAAAACGUAAAAAAGAAAAGGAACCUAGAAAAUACAAAUUAAGUAGUAUUUUGUAGUAAUAUAAAUUUUGAUUGGUUCAACAAGUUUAAAGGACAUCCAGGAGUGCACAGCAGUAUAGGCAAGAUUGUGAUCUGACUGAAGUUCUGUGAUGCUAUUCUUCAACAAUAACGUUGUCUGCCGCGACAUUUGUUCAAAACCCUGAUGGUGUACGAAGUAUGCGUGAUUAGUAGAUCUUUACAGAGGGAUACAGUAUGGGGGCUUUUUUAAAUAAACCUGAGACUAAGAAGUAUAAUGAGAGCGGAGAAGGUAACGGUCUUCGCUAUGGCGUGGCGUCAAUGCAAGGCUGGCGCGUGGAAAUGGAAGAUGCCCAUCACGCUCAGCUUACACUAAAUGGAACUUUGUCGGACUGGUCAUAUUUCGCAGUAUUUGAUGGCCAUGCGGGGGCCCGGGUGUCGGCUCACUGCGCGGACAAUCUUCUGGAGUGUAUCCUGCAAACCGAGGAGUUCAGGCGGGACGACAUAGUGGAGGCGAUUCGCGCUGGUUUUCUAGACCUAGACAAAAAAAUGCGUGAACUACCUGAGCUGUGCAACGGGGAGGAGAAGUCAGGAUCGACGGCCGUGUGCGCUUUCGUGUCGCCAAAACAAAUAUACAUAGCUAAUUGCGGAGAUUCGCGCGCAGUACUGGCAAGAAACGGAGCUCCGAUAUUUGCGACACGGGAUCAUAAGCCCGAGCUACCGUCGGAGAAAUCGCGCAUUGUGCAAGCUGGUGGAACAGUGAUGAUACAGCGGGUUAACGGGAGCUUAGCUGUAUCGCGCGCAUUGGGUGACUAUGAAUACAAGAAGGUGCUGGAUAGAGGACCAUGCGAGCAGCUGGUGUCCCCCGAGCCAGAGGUGUCUGUACAUGAGAGGCUCGAAACUGAGGAUGAGUUCCUGGUGCUGGCAUGUGAUGGAGUGUGGGAUGUGAUGAGUAAUGAGGCUCUUUGUGCAUAUGUUCACUCAUUGCUGCAGUUAACUGAUGACCUAGUGGCUGUCACUAACCAAGUCAUUGACACCUGUCUAUAUAAGGGGAGCAAAGACAACAUGAGCAUCGUGCUGGUGGUGUUCCCCGCCGCGCCCAGGCCGGACCCCGAGGCGCAGCGCCGCGACCGCGAGUUGGACGACACGCUGCGACAGCGGCUCACAGCGCUGAUAGAGAGUAACGCGGCGUCUGACGACCUCGACGACACGGCCGGCCGGUUCUCGCGCGUCCUCAAGCAGCUGUUGGACGAGAACAUACCGGGCCUGCCUCCCGGCGGCGGACUGGCUGCCAAACAAGGCCUCCUCGACAAAAUCUACAGGGAGUUCUAUCCGGAGCACCUGGACAGUUCGGACACGUUCGACUGCCAGGCCGAGCUCGCCGACUCAUUGUCCAACAACUAGACCCACUCCCACUUACAAGGUACCCGCCGUCUCGGAGCUCGACCCUUCUAUAGAGAAUAUCGCUGAUUGUAACUAACAUUGAACUAAUAUUGGUAUGCUAUGAUGGUCCUUUACAAAUUUGCCAAUGGAUGAAACGUCCUGUUCUUUGAAGUCAUCUUUGGACAAGAUGCCGGGGUAUAGUGGUGAUAUUCAAUGUGAAGAGAACGUCUGCUUUUCUUCUUACUUAAACCUAGUUCUAUGAUGAGACUAUCACGGCAUCCUACUGGUAAAAGCAAAAGAGUGUGUUGAUGCAAUUUUUAUUUAAAACAAUUUCGUAGUUUAAAUAUUUCUAUUAAAAAGCGACUUUUACACAAAAACAUACCUUUACAUAAUAAGUAUCAUCGAGUAAUGGAAUUUUCUAGAGCCUUGUUUCUUUUAUACAAAUACUUCGUACUCCCAACAGGUUGGAUGGAUAGCGCGGGGGUUUAAACACGAUGACAUUAGUGCGUGCGACGAGUUAAGACACCUAUUUCAGGGUUUUUUUAAAUACUCUUUAUACCCUAGACAAAGAUAUUGUGAACUCAUAUGCACAUAUUUUUACAUUCAUGUCGUUUUUAAAAAAAUCUAUCAUAGUAGCCUAAAUGUUAAAAUUAAAUUAGAUUCAUCAAUCAUAAAGUAUCUUUGUCUAGGCUAGCUCCGAGACUAUAUUUGAAAUAUAUCCGCGAUAAAAAUGUUUUAAAAAGAAUUUAAAUAUUGUUAUAGAUAAAACAAAAUCGUACAUCAGAUAAAAAUAAGUAAGAUUCAGAAAUAUUAGAUGAAAUAUUGAAAGCAUUAGAUGAAAUAUUUUUAAGAUACCAUUAAAAAUAUUAUCUGAUUUUCUUGUGUAAACUGUUUUGGUAUUUAUGAAUCGUUUAAUUUUUUUUACUUAUUAUUUGGCACCGAUGUACACGAAAUAAUGAAAUGUUGUAUUUUAUAAAUUAAAGUUAUUGAGAAGUGUGCUAACUCACAGUUGAUGUUGUGUUCAGUGUGCAAGUACGUAAAUGAAAUUGGAUCCACUAAAAUUAGUGGGGCAGUCCUUUUAUAUGAGUUAAUUUUGUUGACACAUUGUCGCUCGGAAACCUUAUCGCCGUAGGCCUAAUAUGGUCUAGAACUAAACAAACCUUAGGUUUUUAAUGAAAAAUUAAUUGUGCAAACGGAUUUUUUUGAAUAAUUUGACGAAUUAAAUAUGAAUAGAAUAUAUUUUAUGAAUUAGAAAACUAUUAGAAAUGAUAUGUUAAAUUAUUACUUACAGAAGAUUUAAACUAAUCGGGCUAUUUAUGAACUGGCAACCGGCAGCCAAUUAGUCAAUAAUACAAUGGCUGCCAAGUACAGACUUAUACAGCGACAUUUUAUAAUGUAUUGUUUGGUAGGCCGCGGCCGGCUGUGACGUCAUUUACAGUUCACGAAACAAACGAAGAUGUCAAGUGUGAUGACACUGUGAUUGGCAAAAUGGAUACUACUACUGAAUUGGCAACGAUUUAUGUAGCAGUAUGAAUUUCGCAUAGAUUCAGCGUUUAGAUCAAAUUAGAUUUGUCUACUUUUCAACUUGGCCUCUCUAGAAAGCAUUUGCUAAAUUUGGCCCAACAUACAUAAUUUGUGCAUUAUAAGUCUUAGUGUAAAAUGAAUCUUUACAUCGGCCAUUAAAGUAGUUUGAUUCCUUGAGAAUUAUUUUCAUGUCAGUUAAUUCGCUAACACCGCUUCGGAAACAUUUCCGCUCUGAGAGAGAAGAAACACUUCCAGUAUUAUUUGCGUUAUUUUAAUAUUAACACUAUUGAUGUAAUGUUUUGUACGUCAGUUUUAAAUAUAUUUAGAAACAAUACUGGCAAUAUGUUGAUUGAUAUACAAAAUAAUUCUCAACGAAAUAAAAGGUGUCUAAACGCUGAACGUACUUGGUCUGCAGAUUGUGGUUCAAUAUAAUAUAAUUCACAGAACUUGUCAAACAGUUGUUUCAAUUGCACAAAUUUAUUUAAGUAGUUGUUUACAAAAAAAAUGGGCUUAUAAAACAUGGCGACGUUUUAGGUUUUAUUAUAUAUAUCACUUCUAGAUGUUAUAUAGAUAUUCGAGUUAACAUAAUUCAGAUGUCUUAAAAAACUUUGUGUGGAUUUACUGUAUCAUUUGUUUGCUCUGUAUGUUUCUCGUCGAUCAUCCCUCUGUACAAAGUGCUAGAUAUGUAUUUGGUAUUCAUCUGUUUUAAAACACUAAUUCGAAAUAUUUUCUGUGACGCAUCAUAUAGUGACAGUAGGCAUAUAUAUAAAUGUACGCGUGUCUUACUUAAUAUUCUUUUAUAAUUUUUCUUGAUUCACCUGUAAAAUUGUAUGCGACGUUUUAAUAAAGCAUGUGUUUAUUAAGUUUCUUGUAACUUGUAUUUUAUUUAAAAGCUUUGAAUAAUAAUAAAAAAAAAUAAAGUUCUUGUUCACAUGUUUUUCUGUGGUGAUAAAUGAGGGUAGAAACAAGUUAGGGUCAAAGGUUAAAUUUUUAUAUUAUAUGUGAAGCGGUACAGACCUCCGCUAUUGAGACCCUACUUAAAACUUGCCUCCAUUCACUGACACCGCUCAAGAUUAGAGAUCUGUAAUCACUUCACAUACGUUGUCGAGAAACACAUAUUGUGUAACAAAGGACAGGUCAGCCAGUGAUUGUUGCGAUGUACUCAAUUUUUUAUACUUAAAUGAUAUUCAUUUUCGUCGAUCGUUCAUUCGAUAGUCAUAUACUUAUCACACCUGUACAUAAACGCGGCUUACACGACGUAGUCAACUCUAAAUGUUGUAUUUUGAUUUAAGAUAUUAUUAUUAGCUUUGAUGAAGCAUUCGGAUUUUUUUUUUCAUGAGAAUUAAUAUUAAUUUAAUUGUUUAAAGUUCAAAGCUGUUUACUAAUAGAGCUACUGGUUGGACGCACUAUUGAUUUUGUCAUAUUUUUAUAGCGUUUGAUUGAAAAUAUUAUUAUUUGAGAAAUAAAAACGUAUCCGUACUAUAUCCUAGUAUUAUUUAAUGCCAAGACUAGCUCGUCACAAUAACAGUUAAUUAUUAUAAUAAUAAAGUUAAUUAUAUAUUAAUUAAGAAAUUUAUUUUUAAACACAAUUCCAGCCCAUUUUAUAAGUAACAGCAGUUAAAUCUCUCUUUGAUAUUAAAAAAUAUCAAGUUUAAAGUGAAAUACAUAAUUAAUAAUACGAAUUAAUUUUGUAACCAAAAUUUAUCAACGAUGCGGGCCAGCCGUUCGAAUAAGCUCAGUUGGUAAGAAAUUUCGGACGGAACUCGAGAGGUCGCGGGUUCGAGUCCCGCAUCGUUCAUAAAUUUUGGUGACAAAUUUAAGUUGUAUAAUUAAUCGCAGAAGUGAAUGAUAUCACAUUAAAAAGAAUAAAUAGUUUACAUAAUUAAUUACGCAACACAUGGUCAGCAAAUCGCGAGGCGCGGAAGGCGGAUACGGACUUCUUGGCACUUGCACUUAGAAAAGUAUGUUCAAAAAGUAUUUACCUAAUUUUAUUACUUGAUUAAAACGAGAAUCGUGUACUUUCCUUAAUUAUUGGUAGUGUCUCGACAGUUAUAAGUUUAUACAAAGUAUCGUUGUUGUUUAUCAACUGGUCAACUAGAACUUAAUUAAACAAGCUUUAUGGUGUCUUGAAGAAAAGCGGACUAAGAAUCAGCAUAAUUUUAUAUAAUUUACACUUUAAAGAGGAGCUGAGGAGAGAAAUAUAAAUUUAAAAAUCAUUUAUUCACUUUGAGUGGAUAAUGACAUCAAUAUACUUUUUAACAUUUGAACCACUUUGCCUUAUCUUUACUGGUAUGUCAAUCAAGUCAAUAUUUAUCAGCCGUAUCAUAUACAAAGCGAUGCAACAAAAUUACUUAAACUUUCCAACUUAGUUGAGUUAACUUAAAAAAUAUUAUUAUACUGUAAAUAAAGUUAUUAGGCGAGAUCAUUUAUACAGCCACAAUCCCUUAUAUAAGUACAUACUUAGUCUAUGAAAAGGUCUGUACUCUAUGACCUAAAAUAGCAUUGUUUAUGGUGCUUUUUUAGGUCAUAGAGUGUAGUAUCUGUGGCACCAAAAAUCAAAUUUUUUUUGGUGCCACAGACGAUUAAACCUAGGUGAGAUAUGGUUCAUAUAAAUAUUAGCACAUACUAUGAUACAUUCAUCUAAUUUAUAUUAUGUUUAAAUCAUUAGAUUAAACAUUUUAAUAUCAACUUAAGAAAAAGUCUUAGUAAUAUAAUUUACCAAGAUAAGUUAGGCAUAUUCUGCUAUAUUCUCAUUCCCCGCGUUGGCUGUAUGGGUGUGCCUUUGCCAUUUCUUUAUGUAAAAAUAAAACCACCCACCAGAGAUAAGUAGAUAGGUAGGUAUGUAUACCUACCAUACAUUUCCCGCCCAGCGGCAACUCGAAUGUUUGUAGCCCUUGUUUGAGUAAUUUAAAAUUAUUGUAUGCGACACGUUGUAUAACAGGGUCAAAAAACGCUCGUGGCGUCAUUUUUGUGCAACUCAACUCGUGUUUUUGACCCUCCAUAUACAAUGUACUAUAUUUAUUGUGUUCAAGUUACUCCAUGCCGACUUUACUCGAGUGUGAUGGGCAGUCUAGUACAAUACCCAAAAUAAAUUAAAGUGUUCAGCGUCUGAUUUCGUAAAAAAAGUGUGUGUGUGUACUACGAUGUGUGUAUAUGUAGUAAUAAAGGAGUUUUACUUCUUUGGCGUAACAAAACAAAAAUCCUUGAAAAACAAUAUUUCUCGUGCUUCUUACGUAUAGUAUAGAAUGAACAAUAAUGAAAUAAAGAUGGUAUUAAAUACAACCAAUGAAAUUAUUAUUAUACCUCAUAAUUUAGUUUUAUUACUUAUAUUGAAAUAUCAUUAAAUAAUAACUUAUAUGCACCACAACCAUGUGGUUCAGUAGACAUAUGAGUUACAAGAGGCUUGGUAGCUGAAGUAUGAUACAAAUGGUUUAGUUGACCAGAUAACGAGCUUGCAGGGUGUCGGAUUUGCGUGACGCGUGCAUUAUAACAAUUAACUCUGAUAAUUUUCCCUAACGCGCCAAACAAUUAGAACUUUAAUAAUGUGACAGAAUCGAGAGUGCGUCUGGACCCACAGUAAUUGAACUUACUAAAGAAUUACCUACUGAUUUUAUAUUGGAUUUUAUCAAGUUUAACAGUCUCGAACCUACAAUAAUUAUUUAUUGAUUUGUAUGUAAUGGUGCUCUUACAGUGACGUUAUAAAAUGUUUACAAGCAUUUGAUCACAAUGUUAUAAAACGAUUUCAUGUUAGGUAAUGUUGUAAACAUAUCUUAACAAAUUAUAAUAGACCAUAUUGUGACAGGGUGUGCUCAUGUGUCAUGAUGUCAUGUGUUAUCAAAUGUAAUAAAUGUUCGUAAGCAUUAUACAAUAGCAGUGUGAGAACACCAUAAUGUUUUCAACUAUUUUUCUUUCACGUGUGUCAGAGCUGUAGAUAACUCGUUUAGUUUUGUAUCUCCUUUUGUGUGUAAAUAAAAUCUAUACUUUUGUACCUGCUCGUGCGGAUAUUAGGUAGAUUGUAAAAUGAAAAUUGUGCAAAUAAGUGUUAUGUUAUACUCAGCCUCUUGGUUUGUGACUAGCGAGCGGCUUGCUGUGUCGUCUUCGAGCCGUGGAGUUUGGUUCAGUGCGAUCUUUAACGUAUUCUUUACUUUUUAUGCGGCCUAAACUUAAUUAGAACUCGUGCUGUGUCAAUAAGUUUGCAAAAGAACAACCAGUGAUGUUAUAGGUACUUGAUAGCGAGCAUAGAUAUAAAUAUAACAUAUUUUUCAAGAGCUUUUUCUAGUUUCAGUUCAUUUGAUAAAUUAUCUAAGUGCUAUAUUUCACAGGGAGACCACGGUGACGCAACCAGUCGUCGUUACCAACAAAAUAUAUACAGCUCUAUAGGGAGUUACUCACCUGGUGUCCGUUUGGUGACGCGACCAGCUCGGACGCGUCAUGACUCUGAUGUCUAUAUGGUGUCUAUUUUGGUAGCUUACGGACACCACGGUGAUGCAAUACUGGUUGCGCCACCGAUUUCCCGGUGAAAUAUAACCCUUACACCUAAGUUAAGAAAUGUAGCACAAUGAUUGUCAAAUGUCUACUGUCAAUGUUGAGCAAACACUAACAAAUUAUUAGAAAUAUUGUUAGUGUGAGCACACACAGAACAAGUGCAAGCGAGACACACAUGACAUGUCAAUCAUUUUUAACACGUAUCGCCUAUAUACGAGUCAUCCUCAGGUGCUGUCAACUUGUGAUAUCCACUAAGGAUAGUGAUAGUUAAAAAAUAAUAUAAAAAAAUAAGACAGCUAGUCUUCGCAUCAAAAUACCUGGGGGCCAGAAUGAUCGUGUGAUUGCUCACAACUGAUAUAUUAUACUAGAACAUAUUACGGACAUAUUAUACUAGAACUUGGCAUGGCAGAUGUUACUCUAAUCUUUUCGUGUUAUAUUUCAAUCCUCAUUAUCAAAAAUGUCAUAAUAUUCACACGGUAAUGAAUAUUUUAAGCACAGUUCAACAAUCUAAGUCUACCAAACUCUGCGGUCUUAUGAUGACAAAAGCUGAAUUUAUUUAUAAAAUUUCUGAAAAUUUUUGGUAAUAGGUUAGCAGUUGCUUUGAUGUCUUGGGAUUGUUAUUUAUAUUAAAUGUUUCGCAUCUGGCAAGUUUGUAUUGUUUUCCAAAUCCCGAGUCUGUAUGUAGUUUUCUCGGCUGACAACAUUGUUCUGUAUACCGUUUUGUGUGUUGAAACUACAUUUAAUUUUACGAUUUUCUCGUGUAUUAGACCAAAUAUUUCGGGUAGUGGGUUUGUAUUUUAUUGUGUCCAUGUCCGAAAUGAUAGGUGUAGAUUGUCUGGUUGUUUUUUUUUAUUCGCUUUCUUCGGAAAGUAGACAAGUGUGUCACGUUAUAAUAUCUUUGUAGACGCUUGAACAAUAAAUAAAUAAAUACCUGUACGUACCUUCA